AUGGCCGAACUCGACACGCUGGACAUUAUUGUCCUGACCGCCAUCCUCCUUGGGACGGUGGCCUACUUCACCAAGGGCAAAUACUGGGCUGUCCAAAAAGACCCCUACGCGAACUCGUUCGCCGCUGCCAAUGGCGCCAAGGCGGGAAAGACAAGAAACAUUGUUGAGAAGAUGGAGGAGUCGGGGAAGAACUGCAUCAUCUUCUAUGGGUCGCAAACCGGCACCGCGGAGGAUUAUGCAUCGAGGCUAGCAAAGGAAGGCAAGAGCCGGUUUGGCCUCGAGACCAUGGUCGCUGAUCUCGAAGACUAUGACUACGAUAACCUGGAUGCCAUUCCCAGCGACAAGGUGGUCAUGUUCGUGCUUGCAACCUAUGGCGAAGGCGAGCCUACGGACAAUGCCGUCGAAUUCUACGAGUUCAUCACCGGCGACAGCCCCUCUUUCUCUCAGGACAACGAAGUCCCUCUUGGAAACCUCAACUACGUGGCGUUCGGCUUGGGCAACAACACGUAUGAGCACUACAACUCGAUGGUCCGCAACGUCAACAAGGCGCUUCAAAAGCUAGGCGCCAACCGCAUUGGCGAGGCCGGUGAGGGUGACGACGGUGCCGGCACCAUGGAAGAGGAUUUCUUGGCCUGGAAAGAACCCAUGUGGAAGGCCCUGGCCGAGAAGAUGGGCCUGGAAGAGCGCGAGGCUGUCUACGAGCCCAUCUUCGGCAUUAUCGAGCGCGACAAUCUCACUCCCGAGUCUCCCGAAGUCUACCUUGGCGAGCCCAACAAGAUGCAUCUCGACGGAACCCCCAAGGGACCCUUCAACGCCCAUAACCCCUACAUUGCUCCCAUUCAGAAGUCUUAUGAACUGUUCAACGUCAAGGACCGUAACUGCCUGCACAUGGAGGUUGAUAUCAGCGGCACCAAUCUGAGCUAUCAGACCGGUGACCACAUAGCCGUCUGGCCCACGAACGCCGGCGAGGAGGUCGACCGCUUCCUCAGCAUAUUUGAUCUCGUCCACAAGCGCCACAAUGUCAUCAGCGUCAAGGCGUUGGAGCCCACCGCGAAGGUGCCCUUCCCAACGCCCACCACCUUUGACGCAAUCGUCCGCUACCACAUGGAAAUCUGCGCCCCGGUCUCCCGUCAGUUCCUCGCCACCCUCGCCGCCUUUGCUCCGGAUGAGCAGUCCAAGGCCGAGAUGACCAAGCUCGGCAGCGACAAGGAUUACUUCCACCACAAAGUCAACGCGCACCACCUCAACAUUGCUCGCAUUCUGGAAAGGGUCAGCAAAGGAAAGAAGUGGACCAACGUUCCAUUCUCGGCUCUUAUCGAAGGUCUUACCAAACUGCAACCCCGUUAUUAUUCCAUCUCGUCCUCGUCUCUUGAGCAGCCCAAACUCAUCUCUAUCACUGCCGUGGUGGAGAGGCAGGAACUUCCUGGCCGCGAGGAUCCCUUCCGGGGUGUGGCAACCAACUACCUCUUGGCUCUCAAGGAGAAACAGAACGGCGAUCCCAAUCCGACACCCUAUGGUUUGACUUACGAGAUCAUGGGCCCUCGCAACAAGUACGAUGGUAUUCACGUCCCGGUUCACGUUCGCCACUCCAACUUCAAGCUCCCGUCGGACCCCACCAAGCCCAUCAUCAUGGUCGGCCCUGGUACGGGUGUCGCGCCUUUCAGAGGUUUUGUCCGCGAGCGGAAAAAGAUGGUCGAGAAUGGCCAGGAGAUUGGCAGGAGUAUAUUGUUCUUUGGCUGCCGGAAAUCGACCGAGGACUUUAUGUAUGCGAAGGAGUGGGAGGAAGCCAAGCAGGCAAUGGGCGACAAAUUCGAGCUUGUCACGGCUUUCUCUCGUGAAGGGCCCAAGAAGGUCUAUGUUCAACACCGGUUGAAGGAGCGAGCCAAGGAGGUCAACCAGCUACUAGAACAGAAGGCUUACUUCUAUGUCUGUGGUGACGCUGCCAAUAUGGCUCGCGAGGUCAAUGCCGUCCUAGCGCAGAUUAUCGCUAGUGAACGUGGCAUCCCCGAGGCCAAGGCCGAGGAGAUUGUCAAGCAAAUGAGAGCCUCAAACCAAUACCAGGAGGACGUGUGGUCGUAA